AUGAUUGGAGAGAACCCAUUGACUGCUGCGGACCUUGAUAUCGUCGGCGCGUUAGCUCCUACGCUCACUCCUCCGAUGACUAAGCUCUCCCGGCAGCUCUGCGACAGAGCACAGAGUCACAUCCUGAAGGCGAAAUGGCAGCAGAAGUACCCUGCAGACACAAAGCGCCCAGCAGUGGAGUAUGCGGUGGGAGACAAGGUCUGGCUCAGUAGCAAGCACCUACCGCCUUUCAACAGCUUCCCUAAGUUCGAGCCCCGUUACCGUGGACGCCUCGAAGUCAUCGAACGCAUAGGAACUGUUGCUUACCGUCUCGCUCUGCCUCCCACGUAUGCAUGCCAUGACGUUUUCCACGUUUCGCAGCUAGUUCCUCACCGCCCCCGCCCUCCCGCUUUGGUUCCCUCGGCAGCCGAUGCUGCGUGGCCUCCUAUCCAGGAUGCAGCAAGCAAUCCCACAGAGGAAUAUGAAGUCGACUAUAUUAUGGACCAACGCGGCUCGGGAGAUGCAGCCCAGUACCUCGUGAAGUGGCGCGGGACCCUUGAAGAUCAAGCCACAUGGGAGCCAGCUCGUCACCUUACUGGCUGCCCGGCUUUGCUUCGCGCGUGGCGCCGCAACCAACGAAGACGUCUUCCCGCUCGAAACAACAUGGGUCCUUCCGAGGCGUAG